UUCUCAAGCAAGAGUUAUUAUUAUUCCUGUUUCUUAGCAAUGGCAUCAAGCUCAAUGUCAGCAUCUGGCUCAUGGAGUGCUAAGGACAAUAAAGCCUUUGAAAGAGCUCUAGCUGUUUAUGACAAAGUUACCCCUGACCGCUGGUACAAUGUUGCCCAUGCUGUUGGUGGCAAAACUCCAGAGGAAGUGAAGAAGCACUAUGAGCUACUUGUCCAGGAUGUUAAGCAAAUUGAGUCAGGGCAAGUUCCAUUGCCAAAUUACAAGAAAACUGGAGAGGAGAAAAGGCUGAAGAACCUGAGUCUCCACUGAUCACCAACUGCUAUCAACAUUCAAGAACUACACAGAUUUUCUUAUUCUCAUCAUCAAGCAACAAUUUCGCCAGUAUCCUCGUAGUUAUGCCAUACAUAAGUGCUAUUGCAAAAGCAUUAGAUUAUUAGUCAUAAGAAUCAUAUUACCUGUGAUUCCAUUAAUUACUUUCUUGUUGUUGAAGCAGCCUAGAAGAAUCAACAUCUGUUUCAAUUCCUAGGCCUGAAUAAAGUUGUAAUUUGAUGUGCUUAAUUAUGACAACUUUUGCCAGUUCUUAAACAACAGAGAGCAAUUAUUU